AUGGACAGUGAAGAGACUGUAGUUCGUGGGAUUAUCACACUUCCUACUGAAUAUUUGGAGAAGAUUCUUAUUGAUCCACCCAGAAGGAACGAAAACUCUCUGCUUGAUGGAUUGGUCUGUGCUCCCAGGAUCAUCAUGUCUCUACUCCAGUCGAUGCCAAUGCCCUGGGAGGAGAGCAAGGCAGUUAGUUGCACAUACAACACAGAUGGCCUUGUUCUGGAGUGCAAGUCGCUCCACACAGAGGACAGCAUUGACUAUGUGUGCAAAUGGCUGUACACUAUAGAAGGCAUUAGAACAGGUACAACAUACAGUGUAAAGGAGAGAAGAUAUACAAUGGGAGAGUAUAGAAAGUUGAGAGAAGGCUAUCCUAUGGCUGAAGUGUCUUGUAGAGCUGAAAAGGAAGAUCUAUUUCCUUUUAUGUACCAACAGUCAAGAGCCAGAAACAAUCUGAGAGAUGGCAGAAAGAGUGAAGAAAUGUGCUAUAAUAGUAUACAGCGGCAGAUAAUUCCAAGAGAAAAUGCCAGAAUAAUAAUAAAUAGUCAUAUGAGACGGUCCAAGCCAGUAAAAAAAAGAGCAAAAGACACUAAAGCGUGUGAUACUAGCAGGAAUAAAGACGAGAGUGCAGGUAAUAGUAGUAGAUAUAAACCACCCAAAAAAGAGUAUAGAAGCACGAUGGAGUGGAUGAAGUUUGCAAAAAUAUACUUGGCAGUUGGCCGCAGGCUUCUGAGGUAUGUGAUAAAAGAAAGAAAGAUGGGGUAUGUGGAAGUAUCAGAUCGAUACGACCUAGAUAGGAAAAGAGAGCUAAAAACGAAGGAGAAAAAGAAGAGUAGAAUGGGGCAGACAUUCCACAUUGUAAAAGAGCUGUUCAAACUUCUUUCUCGAGUAGUGAGCAUACUGGAGAGGAAGGCUUCAAAAGAGCUUACAGCUGCGGAGUCUAUGAAGCUCCUUUUUAAAGAGUUUUCGUGUGUGGGUGUGCACACAGCCAUCUACCGGUAUAAGUACUCAACCAUACGGCAGAUAUCUGAGAGCUCUCGGGUUUCAAAGCUGCUAAAGUUCUACAAAAAUCAAACAGGAAAUUGUUACGAUCUUCUAUGGUGUGAGCCCUGGCGGGUGUGGGUUCUAUUUCUUCAGGGCGUAUCGCCCCUGCUUGUGCAGAGACUGGAACAGUAUGCACUCCGCAGGAGAGAGGGGCGGAGAAAAAGAGAGAAAAAAGUAACAAGCCAAAGAGCAAAGUCAGAUGCAGACAUACAAUUUAAGAAAAAGAUAGUAGAAAAGAUCGAAGGAGUAGCAAAGAUAAACCAAGCACAGAUGCAGCUGAUCGUGAAUCUGCUUAAAACAGCAUGGAAGCAGUGGAAGAGCGAAGGUGACUACGUAGCAGAGAUAAAAACAAAAGUAACACAAAAGAGUUUUAGCGGUCUCUUAGAAGAUUCAGUCGUUUCUCUGCAGAGUAUCCUAAUAUUAGGCAUAGAAGAAAGAGGAAUGUGUUGGGCUAGAGAGACUGUUACGCUUUGGAACAAACACGCAGAGUGCAAGAUAAAGAACAAGAAAGAAAUAAAAAAGAUCAAAUCAAGGAUACUCAGAGCAUCGAUGAUAGUAAACAAGAAGAUCCAAAGAAUAGCAAUAGAGCAAGAAAUAAAAAAAGGAUGCGAGAAGAACAUACUAAAAGACUCCUUGAUUGCACAAUCACUAGACGAACAGUCACAUGAAACUGUUCUUACUCUUUCCCUAUACGACAACAGCACUCUACUGGAUAUUCUAGCAGCGUCUCUGAACAGACUCGCUAGUACAUAUAAAAGACAUCUUAAACAAGAAGAGAAGAAAGAGCUAGAGCGUAUUACAGCAUGCAAAGGUGUCCUAGAAAAUACUCUGGCAGUUAUCCUUAAGAAGAUAGCAAAGAAAAAAGAUUCUGUAACGAUUAGCAUCGACUACUCUGCACAAGAGAUAGCAUACCACUAUCCAGUAGAUGAAAGAAUGUGUGACUCUUUUCUGGACCAUCUUAUAGCAUACCACUUUGCACAAACGAACAUCCAAAACUGCACCCUUCCACUCGAUAGCGAGCCACUUCCCUGCACACUCUCUAAACAUUCAGAAGAGAUGCGAGAAGUACUGGCUAAUGCAUUCACACUAGAAGGUAAGCGUGCACCAGUAUACUUUACGUCUAUUGACUAUUCGCACUUAGCAGAUGAAAUCGGUAGAAAUACUCUGAAAAGUCAUUUGAAUGAACAGAUUGAUCCUGUUAUUACUGAUUAUAUUAUGAACAGGCUUAGUAGCACACUGGAGUACAAAGACAUAGCCACUGUCCAGCGAGUAGGGGUGUGCAGAGGACUGGAAUUCUACUCUUCCCUUGCAGAAUGCAUACUAAUGAAGAUGGAUAGGAGAAUCAGAGAAAACGGAAAGGAAAAUGUUCUUAAGUACUUCAGAUGCGGAAGUGUUUCCUAUAUACUGCAUAGAGAAGAGCUCUUUGGAGCAGCUGAGUCUGUUUUUUCCCGUGGAAAGCUACCAGCUGAUAGCUACAUACGUAGUAAACUCCUGGAGUCUUCUCUUUACAAUGUUUUAUCCUCAGCGCAUCCUUUGACUAGAUGUAUGGCCAAACUGCCUGUUCAUUUUUUCAGCUCUCAUGAAAGCUGCAAGGAGAAUGAAUUGGAUUUGAGAUCAGACAUAUAUUCUUGUAAUGUAGAGACCAUUACUCUGCCUGUAGUGCUCUGCCAUAGAAUAGACAGCUUUCCUUCUCUACUUCCAAUGCACGACUUCAAUAUUCUAUUAUCUGCUGACCGCUCUUAUCUACAGUCAUCAAAGAACAGCUUGAAGACAUUUCAAUCUAAUUUCAUGAAGAUAUACUUUGAUGCAGCAGGCACUUCUUUCUUUGUUAUAUCUGAUAGAUGGAACCGUCUUCUGAUGCAAACUGUUCUCUUUUUUAGAGAGACACUGACAGACGAGUUUAUUGACUUUAUCAGAGUAUCAGAAGAGAAACUCAAAAAAAGAAUAAUGUCUACGGUAAAUACGCAAAUAAAAAAAAGAUUUCCAAAUGUUCUGUUCUAUGCAGGAAAAGAGCAUGGCGGUCUGAAUCUACUCUCAUCCCUGGUGCUGAUUAAGUCAGUUAGAUCUUGGAAGGAAGAGAUAGAGCUGUCUAUCUCAGCAUACGAUAAGAUAUUCAGGGCUCUUGAGAGAAUACCACCUGAGCACAGAGCCAAUGCUAUACACCCGAUAGUGAAAGAGCUGCACAGUGAAGGAGUUAACAUAAAGGAAACAGGAAUACCUCGAAUCAGCGCCUUUAUACACAAGCCCAAAGUAUACCACGUAGAAACACAUUGGAGACUUAGAAACUAUUUCACAUCGGGAAAUAGAAGAUGGACAAGUGAAGAACACGAUGGCUUUUGGAUGCCCUGGACAAAGUACAAAGCUUUUCUCUCCCAGACCAAUGCAUACGCACUGAACCACUCUGCCAUUUCUCUUAGGAAGAAAUCGAAUGCACUGAAAAUAUACUCAGGCAAUCUCCACAGGGUAAUUAGACAAAAAUGGAAUGUAUUGCCAUCUACAACAGAAGAUGAUUUUUUAGCCUUAGAUCCAACGAACAGCAAUAGUGUAAUAUGCCACACGACUGUAAAAGAGGGUAAAACAAGAGCACAGCUAAGUGAUGCUGCCAGACUGCCCAACAGAAUGUUUAUGCUGUGGUGGAGUCCUGUAAUCAACAGAGGCCGAAUAAACGUAGGCCAUCCAUCAGCUGUUGAAGCAACAGGCAUACUGCUCACGGGAAAGAUAGCUUCUCUAAGAAUAAGCUAUACUAAAAUUUUCAGCGAUGGCUUAUGGCUGAAAAUAAAACAGGAGAUAGUUGCCCUAACAGCAAAUGUUCUAGAGAAAGGGAUACUUCAGUACGGCAUAACAUCUAUAGACAUAAAAAAGAGUAACAUAAGAACAUCUGAUGAUCCAUUGCCCUCUUUGCUAUUUGAUGUAAGAAAUCCUGCUAUGUGCAGUGCGUGGGUUCUUGUUUGUCUUCGAUGGGGCAACAUUGACUCGUGCUCUGUGGAAGAAGAGUGCGCUUAUUACUGCACAGAGAUGAUAAACACAGCAUCUAACUAUUCCCAUAGCAACUACGGGUGUGUUGUUCUUGCUGAUCUGCAGCAGUGUAAAUAUUCGGUUAAAGCAACAGAUAGCACACUUGCAGAGAUAGCACACCUGAUAGACACAGGACUGUUAUAUAAUAUACAUAGUCUGAAUAGUUUGUGCAUUCUUAAAACAAGAGUAGCUAAGGCUGUAGGCUAUUCUUCUAGCAAGGAUGAAGAGGCUGUCUCGGAUCCUCGGGCAAUGUUCAAGCAUGAGAAUGCAUUGUUUGUGCAGAUAUCUAGCAGCGCAGCCGCUGGUAUAAACAUACGCACAGGAGAAUAUUUCAAGUAUGAGUAUAAGUCAGGCACUAAGCUGCAUAGCAUAGUUAAGAGGCUGUACGACCUAUUAAUAGAGCACAAGGUACAGUAUAUAUAUGCACCGCUGAAGGAGUACUCUUUGCUAAGUAAAUCAGGCAUAUCCUACUGCCUUAUCAAGACAUCUAUCGCAAUGGAGAUAGUCAGAUUGCCUAAUUCUGCUACUAAUGCAUAUAAAGCAUGGCCAGAGACUAAGCCAUACACUGCUCUGUGUAGACUAGCCAUAAUACUUAGACACAGUGUACUAUAUGAGACAGAUGCAGCUGAUCUGAUAAGCAGAACCGCAAGCGACUUGGAAUGGAUUGAAAUAGAGAACAGGCUUAUGCUGGAGAUAUGCCAGGCAGUGGCGAGCAAGAUGGGAGUAUCUGGCGAUCUUUUUCUCCCCUCUGCAACAGCCCAUAAAGUACUGCAGGAUAUUGUAUACAGUGUACACAAUGAGAAUGUAUUUACCAAUACUUCAGUUUCCAGGCUUUGGACUAAUAUGACUAAUUGGAGAGAUAGAUACCAGUUGGUAGAUAGCGGCAAUGCGCUGCAAAAGCUCCAGAAGAGUAUGGCUAGCUUAAGAAGCACCUGUAAUAAUACUCCAGUUGAAAUGAAUAGUGAUUUGGGAAUUGCUGAUAGAUCAUCUAAUUCUUUCACUAUUGCACAAGACAUACUCGCUCAUUUAAUCCAUAUUUCUGACCCACUAGUUCCCGUAGUUGGGUUUGUGUGUGGCGCCUUGUCAGCGUAUUUUGUCACUCCUAGACAGCUGUUUAGCUCUAGAAACUUCUUUAUUUCUCCAUUCGAUGUGGAGGCUUACCCCAUCGCUGCAAUAGUGCACACAGCAACGCCUUUUUCGCAUGGGAUGGUAUUUACCUACAGUGGCAUCUGCAUUCCUUCUGCAAUUCCUGUAAUUUCUAUCGAUCUUGCAACUGGUGUAUGCUCAGGACAUCUAUGCGUACCUGAGUCCAUUGGAGAUACUAUCUCCAUGAGACAAAAAGACCCGCUUGUCAUAGCAUACACAGAUAAAAAAAGCAGCUUUUUAUCAGCGACAGGAUGGAAUAGAAACAUAGUAGAAGAAGAGACACCACUUGCACUUGUGCCUGAAAAACCUCUUCCCUUCUACUCCGAGGAAUUCAGAAAAAGCCAUUUCCAGCGCACUUAA